AUGGUCGCCGCCACUUCUUUCUUCUUCCUCCAUCUCGUAUUCAUCGCCUUCUCCUUCUCCUCCGCCGAUGACGCCGUCGUCAUGUCGAAGCUCCGCUCCUCAUUGUCCCCCACCCCUUCCGGCUGGUCAUCUACCACCAAUUUCUGUACCUGGACCAAUGUCAACUGUGAUAACACCAACUCUUUCGUCACUUCCAUUAAUCUUAUUUCGAUGUCCCUCUCAGGUACCCUCCCUUCUGAACUCAAUCAACUUUCCAUGCUCAAAACCAUCUCCCUCCAAAGAAACUCACUUUCUAGAACCUUACCUUCAUUUUCUAAUAUGUCUUCCCUUGAAGAAAUCUAUCUAGAUAACAAUAAUUUCGAUUCGAUCCCCCCAAAUUUCCUUAUGGGCCUUACAAAUCUUCAGUACUUCACCAUAGAUGAAAAUAAAAAUCUCAGCCCAUGGGAGAUCCCGCUUUAUUUGACUGACAGUACAAAUCUUGUCAGGUUUUCUGCUAGUAAUGCUAGCCUCACUGGCGUGAUCCCUGAUUUUUUCUCUGCUUUUCCAAAUUUUCAAAGCUUGAGAUUGUCUUACAAUAAUUUUACUGGACCUUUGCCGGCAUCUUUUGGUGGAUCGGAGAUACAGAAUCUAUGGCUAAACGAUCAGAUUCUGGGAUUGUCUGGAACUAUUGCUGUUUUAUCUUCCAUGACUCAGUUGUCACAGGUUUGGUUACAUGAUAAUGCAUUUACCGGUCCGAUCCCGGAUUUGUCGAAGUGUAUAAAUCUGUUCGAUUUGCAGUUGAGGGAAAAUCAGUUCACCGGUUUGGUUCCGGCUUCUUUGAAUAGCCUACCAAAACUUGAGAACAUUACGUUGCAGAACAACAAGUUGCAGGGGCCUAUCCCUGAGUUUCGUAAAGGGGUUCAGGUGACACUUGGGACUACUAAUAGCUUUUGUAAGGACACUGCAGGGCCUUGUGAUCCACAAGUCACUUCACUUCUUGAUGUUGCUGGUGCUAUUGGAUAUCCAAUUUCCUUGGCUGAUUCUUGGAAAGGGAAUGAUGCCUGUCAAGAUUGGAAAUUCAUCACUUGCGAUUCUCAGAAGAUAAAUGUGAACGGCGUAAACCUUGGAAAUCAAAAGUUUUCUGGUACUAUUUCCCCUGCUUUUCGUAAUCUAACUUCUCUGAGGAAUUUGAUUUUGAAUGAUAAUAAUCUUACUGGCUCGAUCCCAAAUGUCUUGACUAGUUUGCCUCAGCUUCAAACUCUUGAUGUGUCUAAUAAUAAUUUGUCUGGUCCGAUACCAGUUUUUCCUGCAACUGUGAAAUUUAUUCAUGAUGGUAAUUUGUUUCUUGGUAAGAAUGUAAGUACUGGUGGGGAAGGAGAGGGUGGGGCACCGGGAUCGGGAUCUGGUUCGCCCAACGAAACUCCUUCUGGGAGUAAAAAGGGCUCUGCAGUUCCUGCAAGUGUGAUUACUGGUGUGGUUGUGGCUGUUAUGGUUUUUGUCGCUGUUUUGUUGUUUGUGUCUUACAAAUGCUACGUAAGAAAACGCCUUAAGAGAUUCGGGAGGAUUGAGGGUUCCGAGCAAGGAAAAGAAACGACGAAGAGUAGUGUUACAAAUGGUGUGAAUGGUUAUGGUGGAGCACCAAGCGAGUUACAAAGCCAGAGUAGCUGUGAUCAUAGGGAAAUUCCCGUUUUUGAAGGUGGAAAUGUUGUUAUCUCGAAACAAGUUCUUCAAGAAGUUACUGACAAUUUCAGCGAAGCCAAUGUAUUGGGUAGGGGAGGAAAUGCUCCCGACGGAAAUUAUUCUGUUGAGACACGGUUGGCUGGGACAUUUGGCUACCUUGCUCCUGAGUAUGCCGCUACAGGACGAGUAACAACGAAAGUAGAUGUUUAUGCAUUCGGAGUUGUUCUGAUGGAGAUUAUCACUGGUAGGAAAGCUCUUGAUGAGAGCGUGCCAGAUGAAAGGUCUCAUUUGGUCACAUGGUUCCGCAGGGUCCUUAUCAACAGAGACAAUCUUCGAAAGGCUAUUGACUCGAUUCUUGAUCCCGAUGAUGAAACUUACGAGAGCAUUUGCAAGGUUGCUGAGUUGGCUGGACACUGCACAGGGCGUGAGCCAUUCCAGCGACCAGACAUGGGACAUGCCGUUAAUGUAUUAGGUCCACUUGUCGAGCAAUGGAAACCUUCGAACCACGACGAUGAGGAAGGUAAUGGAAUUGAUCUCCAUAUGAGCCUUCCACAAGCCCUUCUAAGAUGGCAAUCCGAUGAAGGUACUUCCACAAUGAUGGAUGAUUUCUCGUACAGUCACACACAUUCGAGCAUACCGGCAAAACCUUCGGGAUUGGCGGAUACUUUUAAUUCGAUGGAUUGCCGAUGA